UCAUGCUGGCUCUGGCCACUAGCGUUUUUGCUGGCUUUGUCGGCACUGCUGGCUACACGUACGGCCUUGGCGUAGCUGCUGCCCCAGCUAUAACUACUUACCACGCCGCUCCAGCUGUCACAACCGUUGCUCGUGCUCCAGUUGCCACCGCGCUUGCCAGUCCUGCCAUCGCGAGCUACGCAGCUGCUCCAGUGGUUGCCACUGCUCCCGCUGUGUCGAAGGUUGCGACAACCUACCACGCCCCAGCUAUUUCUGCCGUUGCUCAUGUCCCAGUCACCACCUACGCAGCUGCCCCUGCUGUAGCUGCCGUCCACGCCGCACCAGCUGUGGCCACCACCACCGUCCAUCACGCUCCAGUUGCCACGGUUGCCCACGCCGCAUACCACGCUGCCCCAGUAUACGGAUACGGUGUCGGCACGUUAGGCUACGGGGUUGGCCACUACGGCUUCGGUCAUGGUCUUCUCGGCUAUGGCCUAAACUAUGGCUAUGGCCUUGGCACUCCGUUCACGUAUGGUGCUCUUCUUCACAAGAAGUAAACUCUUCAUCGGGUACAAGAGGUUUCCCUCAAGCAUGCCACACGUAAGGAAUACGAUUGUCCUCGUUUGCUUCUGGGGAAACAAAUGACUGCCACAUUGACUGCAAUAAAAUUACUCGGUACGGAUUAUUUGAA